CGCUGCCCUAGGAGCGUCAACGAUUCAACAUGGAGGCGGCGGUUAACACUCUCGAGGCGAUGUUCCAGGUGGCCGAAUCUGAUCUGGACUGCAUUCAAAGCAUGUUGGAGUUUGAAACGAUGAAAGGGGUCCCUGGUGAACUCUCCCAAGAGGAAAAUCCUCUGGCCCUCGUACAGCAGCUAUCAAUAAUGAAGUCACGCUACAAAAUGUUAUGUGAGCGGCUAGACAAGAUUUCUGCAGAGCAGCAAGAGUCGAUGCGUUCCAUCAGUGCCACCCUCAAUAAGACACUGAGGCUGGUUCAGAAGAUACAGCAGCAUGCUGGGAUUGAGACCUUGCCUCUAUCUGAAGAACAGCAGCUUGCGAUGCAGCAAUUACGGUGCCAGGCUCUUAAAAAAACAGAUGGUCCAGUGAAGCAGAAUUGUCCAAAAGAACACCAGAUCCACUGAUUCCAGAAGAACUUGCCUGGGUUUAAGCAGACAAGAUUGUGAUCCUUUAAAAUGUGCAGAUGUUUAGCUUUGGUAUCCAACUACUUUGUACAUUGUUCCUAAACUGUUUGCAGGCAACCAAGAUUGCUGUGGUGUAAGUUAAUGUCUGUAAUCAUGAAUGAUACUAUGUAACAUCAUGAAAAUUGUUAACUGUCAACAUGGUGGUAUUUUGUGUUGGAAGCUGCCUUGCCCUAUGGAAAUUUUCAAAUAGUGACUUUACACUGUAUCUUGAUUUGUGUGAACUGCAAACUGCAUGUGUAGAAAAGACUCACAAAAUAAAUAUUCCAUACCUUUAAAUAGAUUAAGUCAGAUGAAAUAGGCUUUAUUGAGCUGUUCUUUUUGAGCUGCUGGCUCAGGUUGACAGCUUUGACUGUUGGAUCUUAAGUUUGUUUCCCAUUGUCACAAAUUCCAGGUGGCCUGCUUCCGUCUAGUUGUAUAAACUCUGUCUUCUUUCUAGAAUGCAAUCCCUCAUUAUGGCUUCCUGCAUAAACUACAUUGAAUGGAAGCCACGCAGGAGCUGGUCUAGAUAAAUUGUACUUAUUCAGCCAAAAUAUUUUUGGGCUGCCUGUCCCAUGUCUUUGUUAUAAUAAAAUAAUGGCAUACCUCAAGCACACCUUCCAGAUAACAAGAUGGGACAUGCUUUACAACAAAGUUUCCCUUAGCAACAAAAUAUUGAAGCAAGCAUUUUUUAAAAGAAGCUCUUUUCCACAAUGGCUUAUUCAAAUAAACAUGACUUUGGGCUGCUUCUGUUAAUAUAAUCAAAGCAGUAGCUUGUGAACUCUAAAGUAAAAAGAAAAUUAUUAUGACUUCUCAAAACGUUGUGGUUUCCAAUUAUAGUUUGAGGUAAAGGUAGAUGUGCAAAACAUUUAAAAAAUAUUUAAAAACAUAUACAGGGUUAGAUCCUUAAUCCUAAAUUAAGCAAGAUCACCCCCCAUUCUCUUGUCUAAAAGCCUAUUGUUGUUAGUCUUAAAGGUGCUAUUGGAUUUUUGUUUUAACAGUGGGCUAUUGAAGGCAAAAGUCUGACAUUUCUAUGCAAAGUUCAGAAGUAUACAGUUAAAACCAUCCGUGUGCUUGUUACACUAUCCCUGAUGAUCUUCUCCAGCCAUUGGGGAAUAAUUUGGAUCUACGGGAAUGGGUAUUUAAAGGGGGCAUCAUAAUUGAUGAUUCCAUAAUCUUCCACCAAAAGUUUGCCCCCUGGAACAAAACCAUAACGAAGGAUCAUGCCAGAGCAGCUUAUUUAGUCAACAGCGCACAAUCUAAGGACGGCAUUUACAUCAUUGCACUUUCAAACAAUGCCAGUUGAGCUACUGGAUCAAGGUGGAUCGGUGCUGCUAUUAUUGGAUUUGUUGGCAGCAUUCGAUACAGUUGACUGUGAAAUUCUGACCUACUGCCUCGCUGUUGUGGGGAUACGCAGGGUUGCCUUGCAGUGGCUGGUCUCCUUUCUCCACAGUCAGGGACAAAGGGUGGCACUUGGGAAGAGGCUGUCAUCCCACCAACCUAUGGUGUGCGGUGUCCCACAAGGGGCAAUACUCUCCCUAUUGCUUUUUAACAUCUAUAUGUGCCCCUUUGCCCAGUUGGUGUGGAGCUUUGGACUUGGCUGUCAUCAAUAUGCAGUUGACACCCACUUAUACCUAAUGAUGGACGGCCAGUCUGGCUUGGCCCCAGAUGUCCUGGAGCAUGCCUUCAGUGCCGUGACUGGUUGGCUGAAACAGAGUCAACUGAAAUUAAAUCCCACGAAGACGGAGGUCCUGUAUUUGACUCGCGGGGGGGUUAGGUGCCAGGCUCCGACUCCCGAACAUCGAUGGUGCGCCGUUUACACCAGUGCUGUCGGUUAGGAGUUUGGGGGUGAUUCUGGAUGCCUCCUUGAAAAUGGAGGCUCAGGUCGCAGCGGUUGCCAGAUCCUUUUUUUAAAUCUAUGACAGACCAGGCAGCUUGUCCCGUACCUCUCAGUCAGCGACUUAACUACAGUGAUCCAGGCAAUUGUCAUCUCUAGGCUGGGCUACUGUAACUCGCUCUACACGGGGCUCCCCUUGAGCCUGACCCGGAAACUGCAGCUGGUUCAAAAUGCAGCAGUGCGUGUUAUUGUAGGAGCACUGACUGGACUGCAUGUAACAUAUAUUGCGCCACCUGCAUUGGCUGCCGGUGGAGUACCGGAUCAGGUUCAAGGUUUUGGUAUUAACCUACAAAGUCCUAUGCGGACUGGGACCAGCGUAUCUGUGAGACUGCCUCUCCCCAUAUGUGCUUCAGAGGAUGUUCUGAUCGGGAGAGAAACAUCUAUUGGUGGUCCUUGGCCCCAAGGAGGCCCACCUGACCUCAACCAGAGCCAGGGCAUUCUUGGUCCUGGCUCCACCCUGGUGGAACUCUGUCCACUGAGACCAGGGCCCGGCAGGAAGUGUUAUCAUUUUGCCGGGCUUGUAUGACAAAGAUGUUCUGCCAGGCAUAUGGUUGAGGUUGGGCUUGGCCUCCACCGGCUGACAAAAUGGAGAAGAAUAAAAUCUGAAUCCCUCAUUAGGGUUGUCUACCACCUUAUCUUGUUGAGCUGUGUGUGCUGCUAUUAACUGCCGCCAUCUGAGUGUAUAUUUUAACGUGUGAAUGUUUUAAAAAUCUAUUUAUGGUUUUAAUUGUAUAAAUUCAUUUUAAUGUGUUUUUAAAAUGUUGUAAUCUGCCCUGAGCCCUUUGUGGGGAGGGCAGAAUAGAAAUCCAAAGUAAAUAAAUAAAAUACUAACAGAUCGCUAUGCUAACAUUCCAAUGGACCAAUGUCUCUGUCUUGGGCAGCAGCUCAGUGGAAAAUCUGCCACAUUACGUUCUUUCCUGCCCUUUGUACCUGGGUCCUAGAAAUAAGUUCCUAGCUAAGAUCCUGGUUGAUCUACAGCUUUUUCAGACUGUGAAAAACUUGCUUUUGUGCUCUCUGAUGCGGAGCCUUCUGUUUCCUACAGAAUGGCUCUUUUUGCUUUAGCAGCCAGGAAGAUCAGUGCAAACAGUUUUGGUAAGAAUGUUUCUAACUGAAGUUGAAUUUCAUCUGUUUGUAAAUAUGUUUUAAACGUUUUAAUGUCCCAAAUAUGUUUUAAUUGUAAAGGCCAAUGGCUGUGUACAAUAAAUCUGCGUUAGCAAGAAUUUGACCACCCGUGUAGCUGUGCUGCAUCAGGCCUUUGGUCAGUUUCUAACAGUGGCCAGUCAGAUGUUACAGGGAAGCCCGCAAGCAGGGUUUGCAAACAGCCCUCACCUGCGGGAGGCCCCCUGUUCAGUUUUAGUUUUAAUUGAGUCUGUUGUGUUUUGUUUGAUGUGUUAGCCACCUCAGUGGCCUUCAUUGGACUGAAAGGUACCAUAUAAGUUUUGUAUGUAAAUAAAUCAUGCCUCAUAUGCUGUC